AUGUCGAUCCUACCACAAGAGAUUCAUACCGCUUUGUCACAGCUCCUGUUGGGACUUUCAACAGCAGACAACCUUGUGCGCGCACAGGCCGAGGAGCAGCUGAAUAAUGAGUGGGUGCAAGGACGUCCAGAUGUUUUGCUCAUGGGGCUGGCAGAACAAUUGCAAGCUGCAGAGGAUUCAACUACGCGAUCAUUCGCUGCAGUUAUUUUUCGACGGAUAGCGGGGCGAUCCGUAAAGGAUCCAAACUCGACUGAUAGCCGCCGAUUGUUCUUUACCCUCACACCAGAACAGAGAUUAGCCAUUCGGCAAAUACUACUACAAGCAUUAAACGGCGAAAGUGUGUUAAAUGUACGGAACAAAGUGGGAGAUGCAGUCGCGGCAGUUGCAGAGCAGUACUCUGAAAGCGGGGAGCCAUGGCCGGAACUUCUUGGUGUUCUUUUUCAAGCCAGUCAAUCGCCCGACACUGGCCUUCGUGAAUCGGCAUUCCGCAUAUUUUCGACAACCCCACAGAUUAUCGAAAAACAGCAUGAGGAGACCGUCGUAGGCGUGUUUUCGAAGGGAUUCAAAGACGAACAUAUUUCGGUUCGGAUCUCUGCGAUGGAAGCUUUCGCGUCUUUUUUCGCUUCCUUACAGAAACGGUCACAAUCUAAAUACUUUGGCUUGGUGCCGGAUCUCUUGAAUAUUCUCCCCCCACUCAAAGAGCCGAACGAGAGCGAGGAGCUGUCCAAAGCCUUUGUCGCCCUCAUUGACAUUGCUGAGUUAUGCCCCAGGAUGUUUAAGCCACUCUUCAACAAUCUUGUCAAAUUCAGUGUCAGCGUUAUCGGUGAUAAAGAACUCACUGAUCAAGUCAGACAAAACGCACUUGAGCUCAUGGCAACCUUUGCCGAUUAUGCGCCAACAAUGUGCAAAAAGGAUCCCAACUAUGCGCAGGAUAUGGUAACUCAGUGCCUGAGCUUGAUGACUGACGUUGGUAUUGAUGACGACGAUGCAUCUGAGUGGGGAGCAUCGGAAGAUCUUGACCUUGAAGAAAGCGACAAGAAUCAUGUUGCUGGCGAGCAAUGCAUGGACCGUCUUGCAAAUAAGCUGGGUGGACACGCUAUCCUCCCUCCAACGUUUAACUGGGUGCCGAGAAUGAUUUCAUCUUCUGCAUGGCGCGACAGGCAUGCAGCUCUCAUGGCCAUCUCUGCUAUCUCAGAAGGCUGUAGUGACCUAAUGGUCAACGAGCUGGAUCAAGUCCUUGCACUCGUUGUUCCAACCUUGCAGGAUCCACAUCCUCGCGUGAAAUUCGCAGGUUGUAAUGCUCUCGGUCAAAUGAGUACUGAUUUUGCGGGUACCAUGCAAGAGAAGUAUCAUUCCGUGGUCCUUGGCUGUCUCAUUCCUUCUCUGAGCUCGGAGCACCCGCGUGUCCAAGCUCAUGCUGCGGCUGCUUUAGUUAACUUCUGUGAGGAAGCAGAACCGGUCACUCUGGAGCCUUAUCUUGAACAACUGUUGGGACACCUUGUUCAGCUACUUCAAAAUCCGAAGAAAUUCGUUCAAGGACAAGCCCUGUGCACAAUCGCUACAAUCGCUGAUUCCGCGGAAAGUACAUUUGCAAAUUAUUACGACCGAUUAAUGCCAAUGCUUUUUAACGUCUUGAAAGAAGAGCAGUCUAAGGAAUACCGGGAGAUUCGAGCAAAGGCUAUGGAAUGUGCUACGUUGAUCGCAUUGGCAGUUGGCAAGGAAAAGAUGGGGCAGGAUGCCUUGGCGCUGGCACAGUUGCUUGCCCAUAUUCAGCAGAAUAUCACCGACGCAGAUGAUCCGCAAUCAUCCUACCUCCUCCACUGCUGGGGCCGUAUGUGCCGUGUUCUAGGAACGGAUUUCGUUCCGUAUCUUCCUGGAGUUAUGCCACCCUUACUUCAAGUUGCUGCUGCUAAAGCAGACGUCCAAAUCCUUGACGACGAAACCCAAAUUCAAGAAGUUGAACAAGAUGGAAAAUGGGACUUGCUUCCUCUCAAGGAUAAAGUCAUUGGAAUUAAAACAAGCGUUCUUGAGGACAAGAAUGUAGCGAUUGAGCUGAUCACGAUAUACGCUCAGGUUCUUGAAGCUGCCUUUGAACCAUACGUUGUCGAGCCAUUGGAAAAGAUCGCCAUCCCCGGCCUUGCAUUCUUCUUUCAUGAUCCGGUCAGAGUAUCUUGCGCUAAACUUAUUCCCCAUUUGUUGAAUUCAUAUAAGAAGGCCCAUGGGGAUCGCUCACCAGAGUUUUAUCAACUGUGGUCCAGGACUGCUGAAAGGAUCAUCGAAUGCCUUAGUGCAGAGCCCGCCGUUGAUACAUUGUCAGAGAUGUUCCAAUGCUUCUAUGAGUCGGUUGAAGUUGCAGGCAAAAAUUGUCUAACCCAAGAGCAUAUGCGUGCGUUCAUUGAGGCCACAAGGUCAACUCUUGAGGAUUAUCAAGUGCGUGUGAAGAGACGCAUGGAAGAUAAGGCUGAGGUAGAGGAAGGGGACGACGAAGCGCUCGACUACGAUUAUGAAGCCGAAGAAGACCAAAACCUACUGAGCGACAUGAACAAAGCUUUCCACACAGUUUUCAAGAAUCACGGUCCAUCGUUUUUGCCAGCAUGGGAAGGUAUCCUACCAUUCUAUGAUGCCUUUGUAGUAACUUCGGAGCCAACGCAACGGCAAUGGGCCCUUUGCGUGAUCGACGAUGUACUCGAAUUCUGCGGCGAACAGUCCUGGAACUAUAAGGAUCACAUUCUACAGCCGUUGAUUAAUGGGAUGCGGGAUGAUUAUGCUUCCAACCGACAAGCUGCUUCGUAUGGUGUCGGUGUUGCAGCACAAAAGGGUGGCGCUCCGUGGAGUGAGUUUGUGGCCGCAAGUAUCCCAACUUUAUUCCAGGUGACGCAGCGCGCGGAAGCUAGGUCUGACGACCAUGUGUUCGCGACGGAAAAUGCAUGCGCCAGUAUCGCAAAGAUCCUACACUUCAACGCCAGCAAGGUGCAAAACCCGCAAGAGGUAGCUGAAAAUUGGAUUAAUACUCUGCCGAUUUUGAAUGACGAAGAGGCAGCCCCUUACGGCUACUCCUUCCUUGCGCAAUUGAUUGAUCAGCGAAAUCCCGCAGUCUUUGCGAAUGCAGACAAAGCGUUCUCAUUUGUCGUCCAAGCACUUGAUUUCGAAAGCAUCCAAGGUGCAGUUGCUAGCAGAAUUGUCGCUUCGGUAAAACAACUCGUAGCGUCGACAAAUGUGAAUGUGGAGCAAGCGCUGGCCACUGUUCGACCGGAGAAACAGAUGAUAGUGCGCCGAUACUUCCAAUGA